AUGUCUGGUACCUCAAAUGUAAUCGCUGCUGCUAUUGAUAACGAGAUGCCCGAUUUGAAAGCAAUCAAUGCUAUCAUUUCCGAACUGACGGGUAUGAGUGGACAAUGGCAGGAAUUCCAUGAUUACGAAGGUUAUCCACUUUUAGAUGUAGUCUUUGCAGUCAGAAUUUUUAAAUCAUUAGGUUGUGAAGCAGUAAUUGUAACCAAUGCUGCAGGAGCAGUGAAUCCGAAUUUAAAAGUUGGACAAAUCAUUGCACUUGAUGAUCAUCUCGCAUUACCAUUAUACACUUGGUCCUCUUCUUCCACCCAUGUUUCAGGUCCGACUUAUGAAACAAGAGCAGAAGGAAAAUUUAUAAGAAGUACACGAGCAGAUGUAGUACGAAUGUCUACCAGAAGUAACUGCGUGAAGACAUAUAGGAUUAAGAGUAUCAACUUGAUCACUCAUAAACCGUAUAAAAGUGCAGAAGAGUUUGUGGAAAAUGAAUUAAAGAAUCAAGGAUUGGAUAAAUCAAAUGAUGAAGGUGUUGAACCGGUUUGGAAAGAAGAAACUGCUAAUCAUGGAGGAGUUUUAGAAAUUGGAAAUUUAAAAUCAAAAGAUAGACUUAAGAUUGUUAAAUAUGUUGAUCAAAUGAAGAACCAAGAUCCAUAUCAAAAUUUAAUCACAAGAGUGGCAUUAUACAUCUUACAAUCAGAUGAAAUCAAAAUAAAAGGAUCUGUAGCAUCUAAUUCAAAAGAAUCAUCACCAGAAGAUUUAAAUGUAAUCUUGAUCCCAUCAGCCAAAGUUUUACCUGAAUUUACAAUUGAUGAACAUACACAGGAAGUAGCUUUAGGGUUGAGAGGGACUAUUGAUACUACUGUACCUAUACAAACUUUACCCUGA